AUGGACACCUCCAUGACCGACACCAAGGUGUCCUCCAUUGCCUUCGGCUUCUUCCUGGGCUUUGGCUACCUGACCGCCUGGGAUGCCUACAAGAUCACCGCCCGGAACCGGAACCCAUGGCGAAGUCUGUUUGUGUGGAUGGUGUGGGGGGAACUGGCCGCCAACACUGCCAUCGCCAUCCUGGCCUGGUUGUUCCUCGAGGGCGUGCUUCCACCAACAUUGCCCACCUUCUUUUUCAUCCUGCUGUCAUGGGUUUUCGAAAUCCAGUUCAUUCUCCAGAUCAUCGUCAAUCGAGUGGCCAUCAUCUCCAUGGACAGCCGCGUCCUCAGCUAUAUCCGAUGGGGCACCAUCACUUUCAUUUCCCUCAUCAACAUCUCCGUCUUCUGCAUCUGGCUGCCUGCACACUUGGGCGCCCCUGAGAAAUUCACAGAGGUCAACAACGUCUGGGACAAGAUCACAAAGGUCCUAAUCGGCCUGAACGAUGCAGCUCUCAACUGGUACUUCAUUGACCAGGUGAAGAAGCGUCUCAUCGCCAACGGACUCCAGAAGUACAACGCUCUGGCCCGAUUCAACACCCACAUUAUUCUGAUAUCCGUCGGCAUGGAUGUGCUCAUCAUCGGCACCAUGUUCCUCAAGAACGGCGCCGUCUUCAUCCAGUUCCAUCCCGUCGCGUACACGGUCAAGCUCAAGAUCGAGCUGUCCAUGACCAAUUUGAUCACGCGCAUCUCCAAGGAAUCCAUCAGCGAGCGCAACCUGGGCACCACGUCGACCAGCCACGGCCACAGCCGCUUCGCUUUCAACCCGCGCACCACGGCCACGGGCAAGGACGUCGCCCUCGACGUCUUCCAGGAGCAGAACCACACGUCGACCGUGUCGGCGCAAAAGUACGACGAGGAGGAACACGCUGAAGGGCUCAACCAGAUCUAUACCAAGCGCGAGGUGACGGUGCAGGUCUCAGACCCUCAGGACAUCAACCCGGAGAGCAUCUCGCAGCCGUCGGAGCACGCCAGCAGCAGGAGUAGCAAAGAGCACAACACCUUUCACCACGGGAGCCGCCAAGAUGACGAGGUUCCCCUGUCGUGGAGACGAUGA